GCCCUCAUAAAAAUGUCAGUUCACCCUUUCAUAGUUAGAUAUAAAGAAGCUUUCGUUGAGGAUUGUGUUUUGUAUGUAGCCAUGGAUUAUUGCAUAAAUGGGGAUCUAGGGAAAGUGAUAAAAAAACAUAAAGAAUUAGAAACUCCCAUCCCGGAGAAGAAAAUAAAAAGAUGGUUGUUACAAAUAAUUAUGGCUAUAAAAUUUAUACAUGAUAAGAAAUUAAUACACAGAGAUUUAAAAUGCAAUAACAUAUUUUUAGACGAAAAAGAACGAGCUAAAAUAGGAGAUUUUGGUUUGGCAAAAUUUAUAGAACAAACAGAACAAACAAAUACAUUAUGUGGUACUAUAGGAUAUAUGGCUCCAGAAAUUUGUAAAAAUAUAAAUUAUAGUUUCCCUGCCGACAUUUGGUCUCUUGGCAUUAUUUUAUAUGAACUUAUAAGUUUAAAACCACCCUUUAAAUCUAAUAACUCAAACAUGUUGUCAGUUGCACAAAAAAUAUGUGAAGAUGAGCCAGAUCCAUUACCAGAUAGUUUUUCUAAGGAUUUAAUAAAUUUAUGUUAUUGGAUGUUGAAAAAAGAUUGGAAAGAUAGACCUACCAUAUAUGAUAUUAUAUCUACGGAUUAUAUACAGGACGAAUUACAAUUGUUCAAAAGAGAAAUGUUGCAAGAAAGGAAUAUCCAAAUUUAA